CACGCCCCCCCGCGCCGGGCCCUCCUGUGGGGCGGGCCGGGGCUACCGGGGGGCACCGGAGGGUACCGGGCGGUACCGGCCCAGACCGGGGAGUACCGCGGGGGCCUGGCGCCCUCGCAGUCCGUUGUGCCCCCAGGAUGGCGGCGUGGGCGCUGCUGGCGCUGCUGGCUUUGGCUCCGGCGGCCGCAGGGGGAAUGCUCAGCUUUGCCUCCUACUAUGGUGACCACAUGGUGCUGCAGCAGAAGCCAUCAGGGGCUGUGGUGUGGGGCCAUGGGGAGCUGGGGGCCAUGGUGACCCUGACUCUCUCAGGUGACAGUGGCCUCGUCAUCAUGGAGAAAACAGCCCAGGUUAAAGGACCUUCUGGGACUUGGACAGUUGUCCUGGAGCCAAUGGAUCAGGGCGGUCCCUAUGCACUGACAGCUGAGCAGGGUUUGGAGAACGUGACACUGCGGGACAUCUACUUUGGAGAUGUGUGGCUUUGCAGUGGGCAGAGCAACAUGGCAAUGACAGUCCUGCAGGUGGCCAAUGCCAGCCAGGAGCUCGCCGCCGCCGCUCGCUAUCCCUACGUCCGUAUCUUUGCUGCGGCGCCUGCCCACUCCAGUGUGGAGCUGGAGGACCUGGAGCAGAUUGAUUUGCCGUGGUCCAUUCCAACAGCUGAAAACCUGGGCCAUGGGAAUUUCACCUACUUCUCGGCCGUGUGCUGGCUGUUGGGGCGCUCCCUGUAUGAUGCUCUGGGGUCCCCCAUCGGGCUGGUGGAGGUGGCCUGGGGGGGGACCCCCAUCGAGGCCUGGUCCUCCCGCCGGGUUCUGAAGGCAUGUGGGCUCCCAGAGGACACAGGGAGCACCUCCCCACAUCAGCAUCUCUCUGGCCCACAAACACCCUCCGUGCUCUGGAAUGCCAUGGUCCACCCACUGCUCAACAUGACCCUACGGGGUGUCGCUUGGUACCAGGGUGAGGCCAAUGCCUUCCUGAACACUGACCAGUACAACUGCACCUUCCCUGCACUCAUUGCUGACUGGCGCUGGGCGUUCCACACCGGAUCAGCCAGACAGACGGAGACACUUCUCCCCUUUGGCUUUGUGCAGCUGUCCACAUUCCGCCGUGGGAGUGCAGACGACAGCUUCGCCCGGCUCCGCUGGCACCAGACAGCCGACCUGGGGGUUGUUCCCAAUGCCAGGAUGCCCAGCACUUUCAUGGCUGUAGCCAUGGAUCUGGGUGAUGAGCACUCUCCCUAUGGCAGUAUCCACCCCCGGGACAAGCAGAAUGUCGCUCACCGACUGCUGUUGGGUGCCAUGGCUGUGGCCUAUGGGGACAAGGGCCUCGUGUUCCAAGGACCAUUUCCCACGCGGGCUGUCCUGGAGGUGACCAGGGGGCUGCUGAAUGUCACCUACAGCCAGGAGCUCAUCUGGCGUCAGAAGGAUGCACAGGCAUUUGAGGUGUGCUGCUCCAGCCAGGCCUCCCCAUGCCAGUGGCUGCUGGCACCAGUGGUGGCAGUGGGGUCCCGCACGGUGACACUGGCCCUGAGUGGCUGCAGGACGCUGGUGCUAGGCCUGCGCUAUGCCUGGGCUGAGUGGCCCUGUGAGUACCAGGCCUGCCCCCUCUACAACUCCCAGGGGCUGCCUGCACCCCCCUUCCUGCUGGACACCCUCCCUGCAGGGAACACUGCUGAAGGGAGGGAGCUGCUGCUCCUCCCCGGCUCCGGGUUCCCCCUAAAUUAGGAAGAUGAGUGAGCUCAGACCUCUGGCAAAGCAUUCAUGGCUCCUGGCACUGUCCCUUCCCAAGCCAGGGAAUCAGAGAUUUCAUUACUACCUUAUUAAUUAAACAAGUUUUCAGCUCCUCUGUGCACUAAGCCAAGGCUACAGGGUGGGGGGAAGGGGGAAAAGCCAAUUUACAAUUAAAUAUAUGAAAAAUUAUGUAAGGAGAAGCAGCAGGACACACCAAUGGGAGCUGAACCCCUCACUGCUGCUCCCUUGCCUAUGGAGCUGGUCCUGGCCCCCCAGACACCCCAUUUCUCUGGGCACAGACCGCUGAUCCCCAGGGUAGGGUGCUCACAGGAUCCAGGGAUCAGCUUCCAGCUGCAGGGUGGAGAGGAGGAGAGAGGAGCUCUGCCAAAAAAACAUGGCCAAACACUAACACUGGGCUGGGACAGGGAGCUGUGGAGGGCUGUGAGUGUCUUCCACCUCCCUCUCUUAAUAGAAAGUUAAUAAACCAACUCAUUUUAUUCCUGGA